AGAAAAUCAGAAAAUUUACGUGCGCUGCUUUCCGACGCAAGAUGGCCGCCAGUUACCUACGCCGCGAAUCUUGACCAUCUAACCUAAUACGUUCUAUCUAUGACAAGAACAAGAAGAAGAAUACGCUACACUUCCGGGUUAGCGGAAGCGGCGCCAAAAACGAAACAUCGGUUUUUCUGACGUCAGAGGUCGGCGGUGGUAGUCAAAUAGAAUUUUUCUUGCAUUUACGUGGCCGUGAAUGCUGUCAGUAUGGACCCAACGAAAGAGUUUUUCGCAAAGUUGAAGAAGUUGUGCGGGACUCUGGAAACGGAGACGGCCCGACUCCAGCAAACUUUCGAGAGCCGUCACGAGAGCGUCGACAGCGAUGUGGGAGCAAAGGCUAAGCAAGCAUAUCACGACAUCAACUGUGAGACGUUGGACCUCAAGAGUCAGCUGAAGGAAUCGCUGAGGAAGCAGAAAUUACAUAAGAAAGACGUGGAAACUCUCAUUCACACCUUCAGGGCGGUGGAGAGCACUGUUACCCAUGAUGUCCGCGCAGUCACGGAGCUCUUUGAAAAGUACGGAUACCAAGUUCCCACAGGCUCACGCACGCCAAACGCUGAAGGUGAGAAAUUGGAAGACAAAGAGUCGGGCGAGAAUGAGCCCGAAGGAGAAGGAGGCCAACAUAAGGAAGAGGAGGAGAAGGAGGGAGGCAGCAGGCCAACAUCACCGCCUCAGGGAGUGCCAUCACCUGACAGUGCAGCCCACAUGUGCACCCCAAAGCUUUCCGACUUUGGCCUGUGCGAGUUGCAGCUUCGCCAGAAACUUUUCGGGUGCAGCCAGUUGCCCGCCAUGCCUGAGAUCCACCUCCCCCGUGUAAACAUGCGUACGCCGCUGCCCCCCUCGCUCAAAUGUGCACUGCUCAAGGACGAGGAUGAGCUGCAAAUGCCGCAAUUGAUGGACUUCGGCAUUUCCGAGGACACCUUGUGCCUGAAAAACGACUUCACCAUGGAUCUCUUCAGGAAGAAGGCUAACAAAAACUGUAGGCCGGCGGAGAACCAGCCAGUCAUCAAUGUGAUUGACAUACUGAAAGAAGACAGUUUGGUGUCUCCUGAGCCACCGGUAUUCUGCACACCUGGGCUUCAGAUAAAAAAAAGAAAUGGCCACUGUUCCCCACCACCACAAGGGGGCGACCACACCCAACUUCUGAGUGCCGCCCCAAAACCUAUCACCAUCCCUGAGGUGCCGGCCUUCCAAACUCCCUUCUUAAAGCGUAUGCUCAGCAGCAAAAAACACGAACCCACGGUCGCCAAAAACGACCACAGCAAUUUCAUACUGCAUUCCGAGACGCCUCACGACGGCUGCGUCAGAGACGGACGUCCGUGGGAAUACGACGUACCGGAGUGUAACAUCACAGGCGUGCACCCGAUGCCCCUCACGCCCGACCUGAAGUCCACUCUUGAUAAUACUCCACGUACUUAUUCGGAUGGAGCCACACAGGACUACUACCUGAGCCCACCUCGAUGCAUGGGGGAACCCCAUGAGAUCGGUACCCCUGAGAUGCCUGAACUCAGCUCCGUCACGCAGGACAUCUGCAAUCUGGUGUUGCAGUCUCAGAAAAGAACAGUACCCCAAAGCAGAUGUAUGACUACGGUUUCUGAGCACGAGUUUCGCAGCUUGUCGGCAUUUUUGAAGCAGAUGACAUUGAAUGACCUAAACCAGGCAAUCUUCAGCAUCAACAAUUACCUGGCCCAGUCUCCAGGGGAAGACACACGUGAGUUUGGGCUAGAGGACCUCAAGAUUAUGACGAACGCGGGCAUCACGGCACCAGUCUACAUACUGUGCUUGAGUGCCCUCAGGAGGCUGGAACAUAUAAGGGGAGAGCGGAACAAUGCUGUCUACAAGCUCAAUUUGCACAGCUGAGGGUUGCUAUAGUCAUGACCGACACCUAUUUAACACGAUAGUUAAUGUUUGUCCUUUGCACUAAAGUGACGCGCUCACAUGUGUAAGUGUCCUGUAGAGAAUAUGAAUGUGCCUACAUGGUUCUUGUUUUUUCGAACUGUCACUUCUAUUUCAAAAUUUUGAAAUAUGACAUUGAAAAAACCCAUUUACAAAAGUGUUGUUGGCAGCCUUUUUCGGAGAAUUUUGACAGAUGAAGAGUUAAUUUGCCAUACCUGAUAAAAACCAGUUGUGAAAAAUUGAUGACCUGAUUUUUGCAAUUUAGUCUUUGCAUGAGGCAGCACCAAAAUCUAUUUUCGUCCAACAUCUAUACAUGCUGUUUAAAUCGUUUCAAAUUUCCAUUUAGUGGCAGAAGGCAAGACACCACAGGUGUUUCUAAGCAAAAACCAUCAACUUUCAUGCCAAUUGGCGCAACGCAUUCAGAGACAAGCACAUCGCCGUGGGCUGACACAGCAGAGAAGCUAACUGCUUUGCAAAAACUGGACUAUUGUUAAAUAAAAGACUUAUAAAAAUGAACAUUAACGACAUGGAGGAAGUGGUCACUUUCGUCACGUGGAAGGUGAACCAUUGUGAAAUAUUACCUCCAGGUGGCCAAAAGAGCACAGUUUAUAGGCAGAAGAGCACCUAGCAUAGCCUGUGACCACGACAACAACGCGUUAAAUGGUCAAGCUGUCUUCUGAAGACAUCGCCUAUAUAAAUCUGAGUUUGUACUGUACUACAAAUAAGGUCAAACAAGAUGCGAAGUACUCAGACCUGACCAGUGAACAAAACACUUUUCUUCUGCAAAGCCUCAUUUAAGUCUUAUUGUGUGUAUGAGAGUAUUUAACCACUUUACACGUGUCUAUUUUAGGGCUUAUGUCAAAAAUUAAAUAUUGUAAUUAGCCCAAAUUAACCAAGCUAAAUUGAAGCUAUUUGGCAAGAUAAACUUAAAUAAUAGAAUAAAAAACCCUAGCCGCGUUAUAGUAUUUAAAGAAAUUACCGUAUAUCUUUUCUGUCGUUGUUUCUUUUUUAGAAUUGGAAUUUAAAAAAAAAAAAUAAUUGGCUCCUUUAAUAUAUUUUAAAAGACAUUAAUCCAAAAAUACUUUUCAAAACCUAAAUUAUGGUAAACCUGCAAACGUUUGCAGUUAUGAGAGAUUUAUUUUUUGACAUGAAAUGCAAAUGAACAAAAUUUUUUGUUAUAUAUAUUUUUUAAUACCUCAAUUUUUAUCAAUAGUACGUAGUGAAACCACUCAUUUUUACUUUCAAGUGUUAUCUGUUUUUAGUAGAAACUAUAUAAUUAUUAAAAAUGGAAAACUUUUUGCAAAAGAAAUCUUCAGAUUUUCAAGACAUUAAUCUACUAGCAAAAUCAAACAAAAUACCCAGUCUUUCCUAAUGAGCAGUAGAAUUU